CGCCAGCACCAUGUCAUUACUAGCUGACUCAGUUUCAAAGAAUAUAAACCUAAAAGUCUCCAACUGGUCCACCCUUCCUUGGGAUAUUGUUGAUUCAGGAACUUAUUGGUAUCCACUUUAUGUAAGUUUUACUAGUUAAUGAUAUGUAAAUUUUCAAAACUGAUGGACUAACAAGUUACUGAAGGGGAUGUACUAUUUCUCUAUAUACCCUGAGCUUUGGGCAUUCUAUUUAACAGUCUUCAUCCCUCAAUUAACGCUAACAUUGUUGAUUUAUCUUGUGAUGUUUAUAUUAUUUUAUCCUUGGAUGCUGUUUUAUAACUCAAUAUUUCAAGGGCCAUUAGGAUUUUUCAGUGCAUGGUAUUCUGUUUUGAAUGUUUCUACUACAGUAUCAAUAUUUAUAGUUACAUAUCUUUUAUUAGCAGAAGUUCAAAGAGUUGCAUUUGAUGCAGUGAUGAGUAGAGAAUUUUCUGAUGAUGUUGUUUUACUUGGAAAACUCAGAAGAAUUGCCAAAGUCCCCUUUAUAGUUAAAUGUGGUAGGAUAUUUUGGAUUAUUCCUUAUUUAUUUGUUUUACCUUAUUUGAUAGGAAAAGUUAUAGUGAUAUUACUGAUUCAACAUAUUCCCAUUCCAUUUGUUAAUAUUAUCUUAUCAAUUCUUUUACAGGCACCAUCUAAGGGCCUUCAAGCUCACUCAAGAUAUUUUGCUUUGAAAGGUUUUGAUAAAAGGCAAAUUCAUGCUAUUUAUAAAUCAAAUAGAGGUGCCUACUUAGGUUUCGGAAUUGUUGCAGUAGUAUUGGAACAUAUACCUUUUAUUGGAUUGUUGUUUAUGUUCACUGAUACUCUUGGAGCUGCAUUAUGGGCAGUGACUAUCGAACAAGCAGGAAAGAGGCAAGCUUCAAUAUUUAGGGAUUCUACUGAUAAUUCUCCCAAAGAUACUAAAUUAGGCCACGAUCAAGAGCAAGAAUUUAAUUCUUCUACUGUAGUACAUUAAUUUAUAAUUUUAACGGAUCUAUGCUA